AUGGGAGAUCCGGGACCUUCACAGCUCCAACGCUUCAUCCAACAAGCUUGCAGUCCCGAGAACUUCGAGCCAAAUCUUGCCAUGAAUCUGGAGAUUUCAGAUCUUAUAAAUUCGAAGAAGGGGAAUGCGCCAAGAGAAGCUGCGGUAGCUAUCGUCAAUUACAUCAAUCACCGGAACCCGAACGUGUCUUUGUUAGCUCUUGUCUUGCUUGACAUCUGCGUCAAGAACUGCGGAUACCCUUUUCAUCUACAGAUCAGUACCAAAGAAUUUCUCAAUGAGCUUGUUAGAAGGUUCCCUGAACGACCGCCGAUCAGACCGACUAGAGUGCAACAAAAGAUAUUGGAAGCAAUUGAAGAAUGGCGGGGUACUAUCUGCCAGACUUCUCGGUACAAGGAGGAUUUAGGCUUCAUCCGAGAUAUGCACAGGUUGUUGAGUUACAAGGGCUAUGUGUUCCCAGAGGUCAGAAGAGAAGAUGCUGCGGUAUUGAAUCCUAGCGAUAACCUUAAAUCGGCCGAGGAAAUGGAGGAAGAAGAGAAAGCAGCCCAAUCUGCCAAGCUGCAAGAACUCAUUAGACGUGGCGGACCAGAAGACUUACAAGAAGCAAAUCGAUUGAUGAAGGUUAUGGCAGGAUACGACACAAGACAAAAGACAGAUUACCGCGCCAAGGCAGCAGAGGAGGUAGGAAAGGUACAACAAAAAGCACGCUUGCUCGAGGAACGACUCGAAGAAUUCAAGCCGGGAGAUGUUAUGGUCGAGGGCGAUGUAUACGAGGAGUUGGCUUCUGCCUUGCAAAGUGCACAUCCAAAGAUUCAAAGGAUGUGCGAGGAGGAGUCGGAUGAUCACGAAGCUGUUGCGAAAUUGCUGGAGAUUAACGACAGUAUACACAGGACGGUGGAAAGAUAUAAACUCAUGAAGAAGGGUGAUGUCGAUGCUGCAGCCAAGAUUGCGAAAGGCACUCUUGGUACAAGUACUGGAGUCGGGAAGAAUGCCGAUAAUGAGCUCUCUCUGAUCGAUUUCGAGCCGGAAACAGAGACGAAUACCAAUGGGAGCGGCUCCGCUGCUGCACCUAGUGGCAGUCAGGGUGGUGGGUUAGAAGAUGAUUUACUUGGACUUUCAAUGGGAGACAGUUAUGGUCAAGGAGGUGGCAUUUCUUUGGGUUUUGGCAACAAUACAAAUCUUCCUGGACCUGCCCUAUUGUCAUCAACAAGCGAGCACAGCACAGCCAGAGGGCCAACUCCAACACGAUCUCCUGCCCCACCGAGCACUUCUGGUCAGCCUAAUUACUCUGCUUUCUCAACAUAUGGUGCAUCACCUUCUAUUCCCCAAGCUGCCCCGCAACCUACUUUAUUUCAGCAACAACAAUCACGGCAGGCAGCGGCUCCCCCACCACAACCGGCCAUGGAUCCUUUUGCAGCAUUAGCAUCUCCUGUUCGAGCCGCAACUCCUCAAAAGUCCAUCUUCGACUUUGGUAACCAUCAACCCCCAGCACCAGCUCCAGCAGCAACAGUACCAGCUGCUGAUGAUGAUGACUGGGCAUUCUCAUCUGCACUGCCUGAAGGUCCUCCUUCGAAUAAUAUCACAGUCAGUGACACCAGCCUGAACAUUUCAAUACACGUGACUCGUGACGCUGCCAACACGUCUGUCAUCACGAUGUCAUUAAGUUUCUCGAACCAAACCGACCAACCUAUAUCAGAACUCGAAUUCAAAGCAGCUGUGACAAAGGGCUAUACUCUGAAGCUUCAGCCACAAACAGGAAGAAGACUCCAGCCUCACGAACAAGCUGGAGUAAAGCAAGUGAUACAUUUACACGGAGCGGAGGAAGGAAAUGCAGGCGCAGUGAAAUUACGAUGGAAGGUGUCGUAUAAGGUGAACGCGCAACCGGUGAACGAGCAAGGGGAGAUUUCCUCUCUGGGGAUUGCAUGA